CCCACCACUCCUCCGACACUUUUUAACGUUACUCUCUCUCUCUCUCCCCAUGUCUGUUUUUUCUUGUACCACACACCCUUUGGAAAGAAGCCCAUUUCUUUGUCUUGUUCAAUCUCGAAAACUGUAGGGUUUCAGAUUUGUCGUUGAAUGGCUGAAGAUGGUUUUUUUACUCCUCUAGACCUACCAGUAUUAACAAAUCAUCCUUCAUCCGCCGCCGUCGACAACAACGAUACGUUUCCUCCGGCGAAAAUGCAGAAUGUGGAUACCCCACGGGCUGAAAUCGACACUUCUGCACCUUUCGAAUCUGUGAAAGAAGCGGCUACUCGAUUUGGAGGAAUUGGAUUCUGGAAACCUUCACUCAAACCCUCCCAAUCUACUACUCAUCAGCAAGAUGAUGAUGAAGAAGAGGUAAUUGACAUUACGGAAGUGAAAGAACAUGCUUUGCUUCUUGAGAAAGAUCUAAUUGUCAAAGAAAGAGAAACCCUUGAUGUUUUAAAAGAACUAGAAUCAACCAAGAACAUGGUUGAAGAACUUAAACGUAAGUUACAAAAAGAAACAUCUGAAAAAGAAAACAUCCAUAUCGAUCCCAUCCUUUGUCCCUCUUCGGCUCCUGGAUUCAUUCUAAUGGAACUAAAACAAGCCAAACUGAACCUAUCAAGAACCACAACCGAUCUAGCCGAGAUUCGAUCAAUAGUUGAAACAUACAACAAGAGAAUAACUGAAGAGAAGAUUUCGCUAGAGAAAACCCGCAAAAGGUUGUCUGCAAAUACCUCGAGAAUAUCAUCAAUGGAGGAAGAACUAACGAUAACCAACUCCAAACUCAAAUACAUUAACGCAACCGAUCUUUUCAACGCUCUUAAGCAAUUGAAUUCCGAGGCAGAGGAGUAUAAGAAAACAGGGGAAGCUGCUAAAGCUCAAGUUUUCGCAUCACUUUCCGAGAUCAAACAGACGAAGACAAAGAUCAAAACAGCCGAAUCAAGAUUGUACGCGGCUAAGAAGAUGAAGGAUGCGGCUAGAGCUACAGAGGCCGUAGCCAUGGCAGAGAUCAAAGAGUUCUUGUCUUCUUCGACGUCAAGUGAAAGAUUAAGUCUUGUACUUAAAGAAGAGGAAGUGUCUAAGAAGAGAGUUGAAGAGGUAAUGGUUAUGGUUGAGAAAGAAAACUUAUCGCAAAACUCGAUUCUUGAAAAGAUAGAGAAAGCUAAUGAAGAAGUGAAAUCAAGCAAGAGGGUUUUGGAAGAAGCUUUAAACAGAGUAGAGUCUGCAAACAUAGAGAAGUUGGGUGUGGAAGAAGCUUUACGAAAAUGGAGAUCUGACCAUAAAAAACGGUUAUCUUCUUCUUCUUCGGUCCAAAACAAUACGAAAUUCAAGAACGCAACUUACCCGUCUCAGGGUCUGAGAAAAGAUCCCCGAUUGCUGGAUGUGAAUGGGAUGAACAUGGUUAAUGAUGAUGAUGAUGAUGAACCUAGACCGGUUUGUAGGCCGACAAUGUCGAUUGGACAAAUACUAAGCAGGAAACUGGAAUAUGAUAAUACUGGGGAAAAGAGUACAUGUGUGAAAAAGAAGGUUUCUUUAGGGCAAAUGCUUAGUAAACCGGCGGCUAGUAGUGAUGUUUUAUCUGGUCGGAGGUCUGAGAAAGAAAAUGGGUUACCGGCGGCAAAAAGGAAGAAGUUUGGAUUUGGUCGGUUUUCAGUGCUUGUGAGAAAGCAAAACAAAAGGAAGAAGAAGAUAUCUUCUAAACAAAAGGAGUAAUUAAUAUUUGUUUUGUCUUCCUGUUCUUGUUCUUGUGUGUCUAUCUAUGUUAGGCUUGAUCUUAGUUCUUUAAAACUAACAAACUGUUUAUGGAGGUUGAAUUGCUAUUAUUAUAAAUAGUAGUGUCUUCAAGAUCUAGUUUCAUUUGAUCUUGGGUU